AUCAAUUUCAAAACGGUGUGCACCGCGUUGCUACGGUUUCCAGGUUGAUAGACAGGUUUCCAUGAAACACUGUGAAAUGGUGUGCAACAGGCUUUUAUACAGUCUAUGGCUUUGAGGACAUGCAGUGUGAGUUGGGUAUGAAUCUGCUUUGCUGGGGUAGUGGGGAACUUGGCCAGAGUGGACAUGGCAGGCCAGGGGAGAUCAAUCCAGAGGAGGCCCAUCUGCGAGAGUUCACAAAGGCACGGCUGGGCAGAGUGAAGCUACUGGCGUGUGGAUCGAGUCACUCCAUUGUGGUUACAGUGGACAACAAGAUCUUUGCUUGGGGAAAUGGCACCAGUGGACAGCUGGGUGACGGAGAGAGGACAGUAAAGUACCAGCCAGUUCAGGUUAAGUUGCCACAGGAACUGACCACUAAAGGAAGCGACACAGAUUUGGAUGUCGUCAGCAUAGUUGGUGUGGCCUGUGGAAGCCGACACUCCUUUGUAUGGACUGAAACUGGACAAGCCUACAGUUUUGGGAACAACUUUUACGCACAGCUUGGCUAUGACUUCCAGAGGCUUGACUUCAAAGAGCCCCAGCUGGCACCGCGUUUGUUCCAGAAUCUUCCAUCGUCUCUGAAAAUAUCUCAAGUGGCCUGCGGAGAGCGACACACUCUGUUUGCGCUGGAGGACGGCAGUGUGGCGGCAUGUGGGCACAAUGAUUAUGGACAAAUUGGCAAUGGUUCUGAUGAAACUGUGGUCGUCCCCCGCUUUGUUGAGCGCGUGGACCAUGUGUCGAAGGUCACCUGUGGGGCAAACCACAAUCUUGCGCUGACAGGUGACGGCAGGUUGUUUCAGUGGGGCUGUGGACGCGCAUGUGGGAACCUAAAGAGGAACAUCCUUUUCCCAGAGGAAGUGACGCCACCAAGCUUGCCAGUGAGAGACAUUGCUGGAGGAUGUUGGCAUAGCCUGCUUCUAACAGAUGGUGGGAAUGUCUUCUCCUGGGGGAUGGGGCAAGAGGGACAACUUGGACUUGGGGAGGACCGAAUUCAUAUCUCCUCUCCUCGUCUUCUCAGCUGUUCUCAGCUGGCUGAGGUCACACGGAUACAAGCAGGGGACAGCUACAGUGCAGCAGUCACAGGAGGAGGAGAGCUGCUUCUCUGGGGUCAGAUCCCGUGUGCAUCCCGGAUCAGUGAUCAUCCAGGCCUCAAAAAGCUCUGGACCCCGCGGCCUGUUCCACUGGCAGGCGAAAAGGUGUGUGAUGUGGCCUGUGGUACCUGGCACAUGAUGGCCCUCACCACAAGGAGCAGAGAGGAGAACAGAGAAUGUGCUCGCUCAGAAACUGAAGCUCGCUUCGAAGACCUUGUCAGCAAUCCCCCACCGACGGAGCACACAGAGAAAGAAAACACAGCGCAAAGGCUAAGGGCCUCCGCAAUCCUCCAGGACCGUGCCAAGCUAACACGUCCUGGACCUGUUUCUCCAGUGAACGCACAGGGAGGAAACUUAUAUCAGCCCUCCAUCAAACUCCUGGACACCAGACAGGUUCACCACAAGCUGCUUCACGGUCUAGAGAGACCAGAGGGCUCUGAGGAGCAGGCGAAGGAUGAAGAAAGUGAGAGUGCUGAGGAAGAAGAAAGACAUGAAGAAAGACCAAACAAAGAUGAGAGAGAUGGAGCGUUACACGAUUCAGCAUCUGCCAUUGCCAGGUCUUCAACGGGGAUGGACAGGAGAGGAAAUGGCCGCUCAUCAAUCAAAUCUGACCAAGGGGAUGAGAGAGAGACUUACAGGACAGCGGGGCCAUGGGAGUCGAUGAAAGAGCCACGUAGAAGCAGAGAUGUAGUCUUCACCACUUUGUAUGUUUUACCCAGGUCAGAGGGAGAGCAGUGCAGGCCCGCUGCCAGCAGCUUACCCUGGCUACUGACGGGACAACAAGCUCAUGGCAGAGUUUUAGAUGAGGCUCAGAAGGAGAGAUCCGCACAUCUGACCAAACUGGUCCAAAAGUCUGGAAGUUACAGCAGCAUUUUGCAGAGUCCCAGGCUCAAACCCAAACCCAGACCUCCUCAGAGAACUCCAAGUCCCGCGGAUCAGAGUGUAGCCUCUUGUCACCGUUCAAGAAUUAGACCGCACUCUGGCCUCAGGUCUCCGAUUUGCAAUUCUUCACCCCAUCUGAGCCCUGGACAGCAUGCUCAGAUGUCCUUCCCUUUCUUCCACCCAGGACCACAAGUUGAAACCUCUCUUUCUUCAACUCCUUCCUCUUCUGAACUAUUCAGGUACUGUCCUACACACAGAAGAGUGGUUUCUUCCUUUAGCACUUCUCGGAAGAAUCUAUAAGAACCAAAGAUCCAGGUCUGUCUGCCAGCAGAAUUUAUGUACAGUGUUUAAAAUGUGUAUUCAUCAUUUUAUUUCAGGUUGUGUGAACUAUUUGGAAUCAAAAUACGUUCAUUGUGUAGCCACCCAGAUAAUAGACAGCUUAUCCAUAAAGUCAUCAGCAUCAAAAGCGUUUUUACCCAACAGCCUCCAGAAAUGACAGGCCAUACAGAGAGAAUGUGCACUCUAUUAUCUACUUAAUAAUACUUUAGGCCGCAUACAAAGCUAAAUACUUGUGGCUCCAAGGUGACUGACAAAAUGUCUCUUUUGCUCUGUAAGAGCCCUCCAAAGCAGACUCCAGAUCAGCAUUAAUGGGCUCCACUUUACCCCACACUGUGAUUUGGCAAAUAUACUCCUCUUACAAACCAUCUCAGUCAACGAUACUCAUGAACCUUGACCUCAUCUGAAAGCAUUAGACUUUGGUCUUCCAGUGAAAGCUGCAUGUAGGAGCUGCGGAGGCCUUGAAUCAGCACAUUUUAACAUAACUUCAGAGGGUUGAGUAUUUGCUUCUUCUUUUCUUUUUUACCCUACGCAUUACUACAUACUACCAAGCUGCAUUCGUUUUAGUACUUACAGUAUGUUGUUUAUUAAGGACAAAGUGCCCUCUCAGAUCUUGGCCUCUUGUAAGACAUUUCACGGUGGAGUGUUUUCAUGGCGUCUCUGCAGUAUGAAUCACAUGUGCAUGCUACUAUGCCUCUUUUGAGUGUGAGGAGUUAUUGCAGAGAUAAAACUAUAUGAUGAGGUUUCUUAAAGUAAAGCAGCAUUGUUACAGGAAACAUAGCUUCCUUUGAUUCUGCUUUGCUCUUUUUUGUGUUAUUUGUUAUGUUUCUUAAACAGAGGUCCUUCGUUAGCUUUGCAGUGUAUGCAAACUGGUUCUCUGCCACAGUGCAGACCACAACCACAUGGUAAUUCCUCUGAUCAGGGUUUCAUUAUAAGUGGCGCAUGCAAUGUUUUUUUCAUUAUCCACAGUACAUUUAACAUAAGGGACCUUUUGUCAAUAACUUGGCAACAUGUUGGCAGCGUUGGGGUAGACACAUCACUCAGUAGCCAAUGUAUCCAAAUGAAUACCACUAGUAAUGCCGUAAUCAUUUUGAGCACUGAUGUUACGAAUCACAGUUGCUAUUACUUCUGUUUUCUUUCACCAGUCAUUUCACUUAUACAAGGAAUACAUAUGGACAGCAAAGCUAUUUAUUACCUUGACCCAAGUUUUUAAAGGUAAAAAAGGAUGCUAAUGUUGAGUUUGUGAACCUAAGCAAAGGUAUUUAAAAGGGUAUUGACUUGCUG